AUGGUGAACGUCAUCGACAUCGUGGCUGCCUCGGAACGCGAGGGCCUGGCAGUGUCCACGGUGGCGCUGAACCUGCGACAGGUCAUGAAGCGAAUGGGCAUCAGCACCGAAGGUCCCAUCUCCAAAGCGGCGAUCAACGAGUUGCUGCUUGAAGCGGAGGUGGUGAAUUUCCUGUACGGUGUGGACGUGGACGUUGUCUCCUUGGUUGAGAUGAUCGAUCAGGUUUACGAAGAUAUCUUGGAACGCGAGGGCCGGCCACUGGAGUUUGGAGACCUGGUUGAGACGAUCAUGAAUUUGCGCGGGAGCAACCCCGCAACCGUGCAGGAUUUGAAGGCCUCCAUUCGGGCGGUGAAAAUGGCCAUGAGCAUCGAGAUGUAUUUGACAUGGAAGCAGAAACCACGGUCCUUGUCCUUUGUCGUAUGA